CCCCAUUAUUAAACACUAUGUUCAAAAGGCGUCGGGGGACUUCCCGGAGCCACGGAGCCCGUGUCGCGCGGCCGGCCGGCCCACGGAGCCCAUGGACCUGAGUGCUGCCGCCGCGCUGUGUCUCUGGCUGCUGAGCGCUUGCCGUCCCCGCGACGGACUGGAAGCUGCCGCGGUGCUCCGAGCGGCGGGGGCAGGACCAGCCUGGAGCCCCGAGGGUGGCGACGGCGGGCGGACGCUCGCUCCGGCUCCAGGCCCUUCAGCUCGCCAGGCCGCUGCGGUUCCCGGUCCCCGCGCUGUGCGCCGCGCUGCGGGCUCUGCCUUCAGGAACGGCUCGGUGGUGCCACACCACUUCAUGAUGUCGCUUUACCGGAGCCUGGAGGGUAGGGCUCCGGCCGCGGUCGCUUCAGGGCACGGUCGUGUGGACACGAUCACCGGCUUCACAGAUCAAGCAACUCAAGACGAAUCGGCGGCCGAGGCAGGCCAGAGCUUUCUAUUCGACGUAUCCAGCCUCUCUGAAGCCGAUGAGGUGGUGAAAGCCGAGCUGCGCGUGCUGCGCCGGAGGUCUCGGGAGCCAGACAGGCACAGUGCGACCCUCCCUCCGCGGCUGCUGUUGUCCACGUGCCGGGACGAAGCCGGCACAGCUCACCUGCUGCACUCGCGGGUCGCCGAGCCCCUGGAUGGUGCGCGCUGGGAAGCAUUCGACGUGACGGACGCGGUGCAGAGCCACCGGCGCUGGCCUCGCGCCUCCCGCAAGUUCUGCCUGGUGCUGCGCGCGGUGACCGGCUCGGAGAGCAGCCCGCUGGCCCUGAGACGACUGGGCUUCGGCUGGCCGGGCGGUGGCGACGGCGGCCGCACGGCGGCCGAGGAGCGCGCGCUCUUGGUGAUCUCCUCCCGAACGCAGAGGAGAGAGAGUCUGUUCCGGGAGAUCCGCGCCCAGGCCCGCGCUCUCCGGGCCGCCGCAGAGCCGCCACCGGAUCCAGGACCAGGCGCUGGGUCUCGGAAAGCCACCCUGGGCGGUCGCAGGCGGCGGCGGACCGCGCUGGCUGGGACUCGGGGAGCGCAGGGAAGCGGUGGGAGUGGCGGCGGUGGCGGCGGCGGCGGUGGCGGCGGCGCAGGCAGGGGCCACGGGCGCAGAGGCCGGAGCCGCUGCAGUCGCAAGCCACUGCAUGUGGACUUUAAAGAGCUGGGCUGGGACGACUGGAUCAUCGCGCCAUUAGACUACGAGGCAUACCACUGCGAGGGCGUUUGUGACUUUCCGCUGCGUUCGCACCUGGAGCCUACCAACCACGCCAUCAUUCAGACGCUGCUCAACUCCAUGGCGCCCGACGCGGCGCCAGCCUCCUGCUGCGUGCCCGCACGUCUCAGUCCCAUCAGCAUCCUCUACAUCGACGCCGCCAACAAUGUGGUCUACAAGCAGUAUGAAGACAUGGUGGUGGAGGCCUGCGGCUGCAGGUAGCAUGCGGUCUGGGGAGGGUCUUGCCGCCCAGGACCUUAGCUGAAGAGCACGUGUCAUCAGGCCGGAGGGACGGCGGACUAUGGCCACUGCCAGCACAGAGGAGAGCACACAGUUAACACUCACAUUUACACACUCCUUCACUCACACACGUCUACUGUGGAUAGCAGGCGCUGGAUGUCUUGGGCAGAGAGAUAUAAUCAGAGCCAACCUUAUUUGCUAACAUUGAUUCAAACCACUGUCCCUUUUGGGAGAGGGAGGGGCGUCUGUGUUUAUGUUGCAGUAAUUGGCACCAAAUCCAAGUAGAAAUUGGCACUAAAUCCAAGGUUAGCAUUAGAUUCUCCUUUUAGUUGGAGGCGGUGGUGUGGCCCUGCUGGGUGGCUGGAUUCCUGACAUUGGAUAUGGAAUCCUGCUACAGGGUUGUAAUACCCAGAUUCUCUGGAGGUGGGCACUGGGAAUCUUCAAAACUCAAGGAACCACUGGGGCUUGGGAGGAGGCACUCAUCUCCUAAACAAGUCUGAUGUGGUACGGUCUCAGUUUUGAAAAGGAAGCUUUACCCAAAAGAAUGUGUUGUGCUGCGCUGCAAAUGCCAAUACAGACUUUUUUUUUUUAAAAAAAAUCUAUUCCAAUUAGGAAUGUUCUGGAAUGUAGAAAGAAUCGUUUUCUCCUGAGGGUGUGUGUGAGAUGCAGGAGAGGUGAGGAACAGGAUAGGAUCUGCCAGGUUUAGAAGCAUCUAGAAGGCAGUAGUAGGAGAAAGGUAGAACACUGGCUGUAAAAGGGGCAGUGAGUGGAAGAGUGUGCCAAGAGGAGUUCCUCAGAGGCUGGAAAGAGUAUCCUGGGGCCACCAGCUUCAGCCCAGGUCCUCCAAAAGGCAGUGAGUGUUUAUGUUUCGCUAUCAAAUCUGUGGUAGCCUGUGUGUGCCUUUUACUGUGUUCGUUGCUUUUGGGGGGGGGGCACAGUGUGACAGCAAGGAGGAGUGAAGCCACACAACUUUGUCAGACAUAAACACACAGCCUGGACCUGCAGGACUAGAGGAAGCAGUUCUUGCUCAGACAUUGUGGAGCGAACAGGCAGCCUGUCUCCCAUCUCCAGAAUUUUGGUUCUGCAGAGGCGUUUGAUUCCUUGGUGCCAGUUCAUCCUUUGGAGCCUCCUGUCAGUGGCUGGGGAAACAGAAAGUGGGCUGCACCUGUUGAGAGGAGGGCUCUGAGGACCACUUUAACCGUACCCUAGGUUUUCUACUUCAGGCUUUGGGAGAGGAAUUCAUUCUGCUGUUGUCUUGAAUGCCAAGGCCCAGGACAGUUUACAGGUAUUUUAGUUCUUAGUCGAUACUCCUGAGAGACAGGAAGGAUGAAAAUUUAGAUUCAGCUAAUUUAUUUAAGAGUCUCACCAGAGUCCUUUUUCAUUUUGUAAAAUUUCCUCCCAAUGGGGAAAAUAAUCCAUGUAUAAUUUAUUCUUAAAAUGAAGACUUCUCUCCUUUUAGAAUGUGAACUGAUAUGACUGGGGGAAUCUCCGUAACCAGAAACUGCAACAAUUUCAUCAUUUUUUUCUUUUAAAUCACAAAGUGGCUACUCUUGAUAAUUUCAUUUUUUUUGGAGGGGGGUGCCUGGGCAGAAAUGUGUAUCCAGAUUUCUGGAGUCUGCCAGAGAAACCUCCCUCUUCUGUUUUAGAUGAUUUAAUAGUGGCUGUUCUCAUGUCACAAUGGAGAAUAAGAUGGUUGUAGAGCUAAAAGCUGUAUUAGAAAGUUUAGAAAAAAAAAUCAAUGAAAAUUACAUUUGACGAUUAUUUUUUGAGAAAAAUUUAGGGUGUUUACUACUUUUGUAUAGAAGAAAAACAUUUUAAUACUUUUUAAAAAAUUGUUGUGACUAGGCCAAACAAUAUUUGGGGAAAAAUAACUUGAUUUAGCUUGGUUGUUGUACAGUAGGGAAAUAUUCUUUGGUCCCCACCACCUUUAAACUUGAUGACCUCUUUCUAACAAGAAAGUGGUGUUUUGAGAGUAUUUCCCUGUGUUGAGGCUGCAGCCACAGAAGGGUAUUGUCAUUAGAAUGGUCAACUUUGUCCUCUGCCUCUGAGGCCUGAAUGAUCAGAACUUCUCCCAGGUUUCCCUCGAUCCUUUGUGGAAUUAGCAACUGUGCCCUUCUUCUGGUUCUGAUUCCUAUGGCCAUCUUCUAGAGGAUGUAUUUUAUGACCACAAAAGGGCCAACCGCAUGUGAGACAGAUGGGAUGUGGUUAAAAUAGCUUGCCAAGAGGCGGAGAAAGGCUGCUGCCUGCGCAGUUGGGAACACUCUUCAUCAUCUGCCUGUCAUCUAGGGUUUAGGAGGACUGGGUGACCAGGACAGAGCUGAGUUUGUCCCUGGCUGGGUACUGUAGUCAAGCAAAGACCAUGUCUGUUAAGGUGUCCCCUCCUCUCCAGCCUGAGAUCACCAAAGUCUCCCUUCUGAAGUAAACAGAAUUCUCCACGUUGCUGGGGAACAGUGCACUGCUACUUGAGAUAUCCUGAAGCACUACUUCAAGUGAGGGAAGACUGACAGCACUACUAAGGAAGUAGAGGCAGCCAGCUGGGCCCACAGUCCCGCCAGACACCAAGCUGGUCUGGUUUGCUGCUUGAAGCCAUAAUUUAUGGAUUAAGGUAACCCCCUCCAUUGGCAGGAAGGCAUUUUCAGGAUUCCUAGACUCUGGCCUUGUGGGAUUUGGGGUUACCAAGCAGCUGGGCUGGACCAAACAGAGAGGGUGGUCGGCUACUUAAUCUCAUUGUGAGGAAAAAUGUCUGGAGCUGCGCUGGGCUGUAGUGUUCAUGCUCAGCUUUUGCCCCCACUUUCCUGGCAUUUCUGUGCUCAAAUGGCAUGGGGUAAUAAGCUUGUGCAUUGUGUGGUAGUGCUGCCAAAGGCCAGUGGAGCUCUCUGUCCCAUGCUGACCUUCCCUGACAACCAUCAUGGCGUCAGCAGCGACAGACCCUGGAUGUGAAUCCUGAAGAGAGCCUGGGCAUACUCUGGCUGCAAAUCCUACAGGUUCUUAUCUCAUCAGCUCCUCCCAUUCAAGGCCAGCACAAGAGCGGCCAGCUGUAGAUUGCAUUCCUUCUUAAAGUACGGUGGCAUCUGGGCACAUUCUUUCCAAGAGCAUCUUAUGCCCCAAGAGGCUAGCUCCUCCUUCGAGUCCUCCCUGAAAAGGCAGUGGAAAGUAGAGAACACACUCUCAGGCCUUGAUGGUUCUUAGAGAGAGUCCUCUUGGGGGCCAGGUACAGAGAGGCAAUACCCUCUCUAAUGGACUCAGCAGCUGGGUCCGGAGGAUGGGGGGUCUGAAAGCAGUUUUCUGUCAGGGAGCAGUGGGCCUCCAUUUCCCUUUUGUAAGUGUCAGGGGUGGGAAGGGAAGAGAGGAUGUGGAGGACACCACAAAGUUGCUACAAAAUUGGCGGAGUGGGUGAGACGUCACUAGAUCUCCAUGGGGUGGUCAGCUGAUGUCUCCAGUUAGUCUUAGAGUCAAGGCUUCUGUACACCAAUGAGUCAGCUCUCUUCAUAGUGUAGCCUGGGCCCAGCUUGUAGGAGGACACAGGGGUACCAGGGCUUUACAGCACAUCUCUUGAGUCACCUGAGGCAACUCGGUCAUAGGCAGUCAUCUCCCUGCCUAGAUCUUCAGCACCUGGCCCUUAAAUGACAACUGCUCUAGUCCCAAGGUUCUAAGAUUCUUCCUAGAAAGCUGCUCAGACAUUCCAGAGCAGCUCAAAUAAUCCCAGCCAUAGCCACAUGGCCAGAGUUCUGAGGGUGUGGGCUUGUGCGCGCCUACCACCUUAUCUAAAUGCCAGCCUAUGCCAGAGCUUCUCAGACGUUGCUUCAGUUUUCUACCCAGGCUGAAGCAGGUGCAGGAGAGGCCAGGAUCUGGGCCCUGGGGUUUGGCUCCUCAGCAGCCAGGAGCUGGUCUGUGUUGGAGAAUGCGGCUACUCUGGCCACAUCCAGGCUGAGCCUGCCAGGUGACUGGGUUUUGGGGAUUGCUGUGAGUCCUCUCUGGUGACAGCGAGGGUGAGUCGUGCUCUGCUGGCGGCCCACAGGUCUUAGGUAAAGUAAAGGAGCCAAGGGUGGAGGUAGGCUGCCCUCCCAGGGUCUCCUCUCUAUGCCACGGGGGUAAGAUCUGGCUGAAGUUACCAGCAGAGUGAUUUGGGGGAAGGGGUCAGAUGACCUUACCUUCUUUUACAUGACCUGGAAAGUGGUGGCAGAGUUAAGUAUUAAGACGCACCAAAUGAGAAGAGUUCAAGAGGUUUAUCUAGGUUCUCCCCCCACCCCCACCCCCAAACUCUGCUUUUUGUAGCAAAUCCCUUUGUAGCUUUAGGCUGAAGCCAAGUUGUUUUUCUCCCCUUCUUUUGUGCCAGAGCUGAGAACAGUACAAAGAGGCACCCCAAGUGGGGCGAGGGAACCCUGUUCUUAAGACGGCCAAAGCCCUGGCUGCCGUGAGACUGGCAGUUGCUGUCUCGAGUCAGUGACUGUGAGCUCCGAGAAUCAUCAUCCAGGGACUGGGGGACGGUCUACAUCUGUCUUAACUGAGCCCCGCCCGAGUCUUCGCUGUGUUUGCAGAUAGCUUACGCUUGGCUCCAGACCUCCAGCCAGGUGGAACUGGGGCUGGUGCUUCCUGGCAGCAGCAGUGGCAGCCAUUACAUUAAGUCAACGUGACCAAUGGAAGGUGUGGGGUCACCGAAGACGAGGCUGAAUUUCAAGGCUCUCUUGCUCUGGUUGGUCAGUCGAUGUCUUUCUCUUAGCGGCAAACCUGUCACCUGGCAAUGGUCCAUGUCUCCUGCUUAGUGCCGAGCUUGCAGGCCUCCUUCAGCAUGUGAGGCAAAGCCAGGACCUGUUUCUUUCGCAUGCAUCCCUUCCAAUGGUGAGAGGGCUGGAGCAACCACAGACACUUCCUGAGACUCAUUUCUGUGUUUGGUGUGAAGGUGUGAGAGGCACACUUAGCUCAUCAGGUGAACUCCCUUCCAGAGUGGAAACUCUGCUUUCAGAGGGAGUGGUGAGAGAGAAUCUGUAGUCCAGAACUUCGUAUCCCUUUCAGUGGAUACUUUAAUAA